AGCUCGCGCCUCCAGCGGAAGUCAUUUGUUUCCUCCGGUCCAGCGGUCCCACUGACCGGACCAUGAGCGGGAAGGCCCGGCGGAAGGUAGGACUUCUGGUGGGUCCGCGAGCCCGACCUGAGCAGACCGCGGCGGUGACGUCAGGGCGGCUGGCGGGAAAAGCGAAGGAGAACCGAGAACCGGAACCUUCCGGUCCAGAACCUGCCGAACCGGAACCUCCUCCCCGACCCAAGCCCGACUACUCCCUGUACUCCACAGACUCCGAGGAGCAGGUCUCCAGCCUAUCCAGGGGUUUGGACCAGUGUGCUGCCUUGCUAAGCGGCAUUCUGCAGGCGGACGGAGCAGCUCAGACAGCAGGUCCUCAGAGAACCCAGACGAGGCAAGUGGAACCGAGACGCUCCGCCCUCAGAGGACAGACGGGUGUCACCAGAGCGAUGAAAGAAGGAGGAGCCAAACCCAGAGCAACACAGGGGAGGACGGCCUGCAGGAAGCCGCCGCGCAGAGCUGCAGACCUUCAGGGUUCAGAAGCAGCAACCCACAGAACCUCUCCUGCCCGGCCCCGCCCUAUUCUACGGCGCCAUCAGAACCUUUCCCGGGGCCAUGGGGCGGACGCCGUUCCCAAACCGGGUCAGGACCCGUUCAGCUGUAGCGUGGGAACAGAGGCGGAGAGCGUCCAGAACCUUCUGGAGGAACUCAGAACCCUGAUCGCCGGACGAGGCAGCGUAGCAGAGCGGCUGCUGGUCCGUCUGGAGCGGAGCCUGGGUCAGAACCCGCCAUUCUGCAGGUGUGGGACAGAUCAGAACCAGAAGGUGGAGGAACCGCAGAACCAGGAGGAACGUCUGACCUCAGGAGAAGCAGAACUCCAGAAGCAGCUCCUCCUCGCUCAGUCCAGACUCCAGGAGCUCCAGGACGACCUGGCAGAACUACGGAAGGCGCUGCAGGACACGCGGAGCCAGCUGAGGGACAGCGAGGCGGAGAAGGGACUGAUGAGGACAGAGCUGGAGGCUGCCAGAAAGCGGCUGCUGGAGAGCGAGCGAGAGCAGAGCGAGCUGGCCUCGCUCGCCCAGCAGAGACUGCAGGAAGUGGAGGAACUGAGGAGGCUCCUUCCGGCCCGCGGUCCGUCGGACCAUCAGAACUCUCCGCGGUUCUCCCCAGCCGCGGCCUCCGGCGAACACAUCCAGCGGUACCUGGCGUCGCUGACCCAGGCGGAGCCUCGGAACCUCCGAGUGGCUGCGGAGCGAGACGGAACCGGGUCGGAGGCGCCAGAGUCCUGGUCCAACUGGAGCAGGAGGUCCGAGUCCAGCUUCAACACCAGAGACGAGGCGGCGUUCAGGGACGGCCUGGCGGCUCUGGACGCCAGCAUAGCCAGCCUGCAGAGAACCAUCCAGCUGGACCUCAGGAAGUGACCUUUGGGAGGCUGCUGGGACGCCGUCCUGCUGCUUUUAUAUCAGAUUUAACUCGUU